ACGCCAGAAUCGGCGCAAAGGCUUCUGGGAAAAAGGGUCAGGAAUUGGACGGUGGGGACGCGUGAACCACUUGUAAUUUUUACGACUACACUACCACGAAAUCGUGACUUGAUGGAUUGAACGAACGAUACAACGUGAAAGACGGUGAUGCUGAUGUAUUUGUGUGUCAUCCGUGGAUUCAGUGGCGCGUGAAAUUCCUCGUAUGUGGUGUUUCUCGACGAGCCUAACAAGCGGUAGCGACCGAGCUCGCUGUCGGCUCGGUGUUAUUGUUUGGUGGUGGUGGUCGUUUCUCCCCCUGCAUCCACGAGCAUUUAUGGAGAGCGAAACAGAAUUUAAUUUGAAAGCUGUCACCUCUAGCUCAAUGAAGAGGAGAGACAUUUUCAGGCAUUCUUUUGCAGAUUGAUUCAAUGACACACCGUGUGCGGUGAUCGACCGCCGUGGAAACGACGUACGAAUGGAUACACGUGCUUCAAGAUAAGGACACAAUCCAGUGAAGCGUGUUUAUGUUUUUUGGAAAGCAUAAAGAGAAGGGCCUUGUUCAGCGUGUCAAGGGAGUUGAUUUAACAUUCAAGACCCCUGCUGUGUUUCUCCUUACUGUAUCUUUGGUCUGUCCAGGGCAUUGUCUUGAGAAAAAGGAUUUACGUUUCUCUGCUUUUUUGUAGCUUUGUGGGGGCUGCUUAGUUCGCUUGUUCAUCGAGCCGGUUCUCACGAGUGAUGUUCUUCUGUUCGUCCCUGAAAAAAUGGAUGACAAGUCCAUCAGCCACCACAAGCUCCUGGUGGUGCUGCUCAUGGCAUUGAUCUUUGGCGUCAUCAUGAUCCAGUACGUUUGUCCGAGCAGGACCGAGUGCCAGAUGCUCCACCAGCUGGGGUCCUGGCUCCACAUGGCUGGCACCGCGGAUUCCCGAAAUGGUGGUGGUGACAUCCAAGAGAAACGGGAUCCGUACAUUGCAGAAGAUGGGGCCCUGGUGCGCUUUAUCCCCCGCUUCAACUUCACCAAGGCGGACCUGAACCGCGCUGUGGACUUCAACAUAAAGGGAGACGACGUCAUUGUAUUCUUACAUAUCCAGAAGACGGGCGGCACCACAUUCGGCCGACACCUUGUGCGGAACAUCCAGCUGGAGCGGCCGUGCGAGUGCCACGCUGGCCAAAAGAAAUGCACUUGCUACCGUCCGGGCAAGAAAGAAACGUGGCUCUUCUCCAGGUUCUCCACUGGUUGGAGCUGCGGCCUCCACGCUGACUGGACUGAGCUGACACGCUGCGUCCCAUCACGGAUGGAUUCCCGAGAGGUGCCCAAAACUGUACAGAGUCGGAACUACUACUACAUAACCAUCCUGAGAGACCCGGUGUCGCGCUACCUAAGUGAGUGGCGUCACGUCCAGCGCGGCGCCACCUGGAAGGCUUCCCUGCACGUGUGCGACGGCCGCUCGCCGACAUUGUCCGAGCUGCCCAGCUGCUACGCAGGUGAUGACUGGUCGGGCUGUUCCCUGCAAGAGUUCACCGACUGCCCUUACAACCUGGCCAACAACCGGCAGACUCGCAUGCUGGCCGACCUGAGCCUGGUUGGCUGUUACAACGUCUCGGCCAUGAACGAAGACGAGCGCUGGGCCGUGCUGCUUGAGAGCGCCAAGCGGAACCUGCGCGGCAUGGCCUUCUUUGGCCUAACCGAGUACCAACGCAAAACCCAGUACCUGUUCGAACGCACCUUCGAUUUGGCCUUCAUCGCUCCCUUCACGCAGCUCAAUGGGACGCGGGCUUCCGGGGUGGACGUCCCCGCUGAGACUCAGUGCCGAAUCCGCCAGCUCAACCGCUGGGACGUGGAACUGUACGAGUACGCCCGAGAUCUCUUCCUGCAGCGUUUCCAAUUUGCACGGCAGCGGGAGCGCCGACAGGCCAGGGAGAGGCGGCAGCAGGAGAGGAGGCGACUGCGAGGAAGGCUCAUCACCAAACAAGCACACCAGCAGAAGACCACCUUAGCACCCCCUGUGACUGAAAAUCAUUCGCUAGAACAUGCAGAGGAAAAUGGGGGUGUGGAUUCUGACGGGCUCCUUCCAGACUGGUGGGAAAUGGAUGAAAGCGGUACCAUGGAAGACUACAUGGACAAUGUGGAGCAGUGGAAAUGAUUUUUUUCUCUCUCACGCUACGAUGAAUGCCUUACUCUGUGGAGCUGAUAUGAUUGGAGUUGGAAGAAAGGAACUUGAAGCAACUGCACCAGGAACCUCUUCAGAAUAUUUCUGUUAUUUAUAAUUGAAAAUCUCAGUAGUGCUAAAAAUAAUAGUCCCAUGAUUUUCACUGGCUGUAAUUUGUUUACACUAUCACACAGUUCAUUUCUUUUGGUUUUAAAUGUAUUAUUUAGUCGACGUCCUAGGAACCACGGUAUGCAAAUUACUGAAUAAUGUUGUAAUAGUGGGGAUUUGUGUCUUUCUGUUCUCAUGUUUUUUUCAGUUGCUGUUGUCUUUAUGUCUUAAAUAUUCAGAGUGUACUACUACUGCAACCUUAACUUUAAAUCAGUCAACUAAAAGGCAAUAUUGUUAAAGUUCAGUUGGCACUUGUGGAAAAAAAGAAGAAUUAUGUACUGUAUUUCUUUGGUUGAUGAAAAGAAGAAUAUCUAAUUUUACGAACAGUAUUUAAGUUUUAUAUUGACUGAAAUUGCUUUGAUUUGUCUUCGCUGAGAUGCUGCAACAUUUUCCCUCAAUGUUUUUUUCUCCUACGAUGAACAACGUAUUACCUUAAAAAGAUUGCAGUUUCAGUUGUCAAAGUGUCUGAAUUUGUCCUAAUUUUUAAGCAGUCUUUUUGUAACAAAAAAACAAACAAACAAAACAGAAGAUACCUCAGUUUUUAGUGUAAGUGAUAUGUGCGCUAAAUGAUGUGAAUGUUUCAAUUGAUUUUUUCUUGUCUUUUUUUUUUUUAAAUAUACAAAACUAUUCUACCUGCA